AUGUUCUUAUCUUGAUUCCCCUGCUUGAACUCACAAUGGUUCGAGCAUUUGAACAGGAUCAUACCAUUCAGAAGUCCAAGUCCUUCACCUUCAAAGGGAUAUUUGAGAUGACUGGUCGCCAGGCCCAGAGCCUGGUUGUUGAAGCUAUUAAAGGAAGGUCAAUGGGGGAUGAAAAUAAGGUUAUAUUCCGAAGUCAGGGAUCGAGAACUGAACGGACAGUUGAGAAUCAACAAAUUGGGUCUGUACUGAAUCGCGAUGCUGUUCCCAAGUCACGUUUGAUCAAAGAUGGGGGUGGGGGUGGCAGUGUUCCCUCCCAAGCCAAAGACAAGAACUCAGAUAUGGAAAUGAUAAAAGAAAGGUUCACUAAGCUUCUCUUGGGUGAAGAUAUGUCGGGUGGAGGGAAGGGUGUUUCAUCGGCUUUGGCUUUGUCGAAUGCCAUUACCAACCUUGCAGGUGCUGCUUUCAAUUCCUGCAUGAAACUGUAUUUCCUUUCUCUGUUACAAUAAACAUUAAUA